AUGGCAACAUCCAUCGGCCGCCUGUCCAACAAGGUCGCCAUCAUAACCGGGGCAGCGUCCGGAAUCGGCAGAGCGAUAGCGUUCGCAUACCACAGAGAAGGUGCACGCGUCGUGUGCGCCGACAUGCGAGAACGCACGAAAUAUACCGGCAGUCGCGAAGAGGAUCGCACGACCCACGAGAGCAUCAAAGAUCUGGGCGGCAGAGCCAUCUUCAGCCAGGUGGAUGUGUGCAAGCCCGAUUCCGUCCGAGGUUUGGUGGAAGCGGCAGUCAGGGAAUAUGGUAGACUGGAUGUGAUGGUGAACAAUGGUGAGGCGCAUUAGCAUGUAGAGAUCGAUUAAGAGGACCGCUGAUGGAGUCCCGUAGCUGGCGUCUCAUUAGAAGCCCACGCCGGAUUUAAACCGGUAUGGGAGAUUUCGCAGGAUAUCUGGCAGGGAACGCAGGACGUCAAUUCCACCGGCGUCUUCCUCGGGGUCAAGUAUGCCGUUCAGCAGAUGCUGAAACAGCAACCACAUGCCAGCGGCGACCGAGGCUGGAUCAUCAACACAUCUUCCAUCCUGGGGUAUGUUGGCGCAGACCAUACAGCAGCUUACUGCGCGAGUAAAGGUGCGGUGUUGAAUUUCACCAGAGCGGCGGCAUUGGAUUGUGCUCCUCAUCGGAUCCAUGUCAAUGGUAUCGCUCCGGGAUAUACGGAGAGUUCGAUGACCGGGCCGAUUUGGAGGGAUGAGAAGAGAUACGCGCAGGUGGCUGAGAAGCAUCCAUUCCGUGGUCUGGGACAGCCGGAGGAUCUGGCCAAGGCUUGCGUGUUUUUGGCGAGUGAUGAUGCCCAAUGGAUUACUGGAGUAGGUCGAUUCGUCUCGAAUGUUUUUCCCGUUUUACUAACGUUGUCGCAGCAUACUCUACCGGUCGAGGGCGGUUAUCUUGCUCGGUAA